AUCAUUUAAAAAAAAAUCAGAUGUCGUUGCCAAAAACCUGUCCCGCAAACUAUGUCACUUGGCGACAGCAGACAGCUCAGCACGGAAGACACCGGGAGCUAGUUAAGAGACGAGAAGCCCUGCCUGUCCGUCCAAAGCGGGAGCCGGGCGGCCCGCGGCGGAGGAAAACGCAAGCUGAGCCGGAGCGCGCGUCCCUCCACCC